GUACAGUACUAGUACACCGUGCCACUUUGGGCUACAACAUUCCUGGUCGGUCACAGUACCAUAUAUCUAUUUCUGAUGCCUUAUCUUAACGUGGAUCGAUUCUAUCCUGUCUUCGAGAAGUGGCAAUGGGCCCCGUACUCUCCCGGUCCCAGGUCUUCCUUUGUCUCAUAACCAUCUAGCGAGUGGAAAUGCCCAGCCUAACAUUGCCCGAGUGUAAACAUUAUACCCCGCCUCCGGCCACAGAUGAGGACUUAGAGUUUGCGGACCUGGCUAUCAUCGAUCUUUCCAAGGCCCAUACACCAGAAGGACGGGCAGAGCUCUAUCCACAACUUCGAGAUGCACUGCGCACCUACGGCUUCGUUUAUGCUAUAAAUCAUGGUUAUAACCAGGCUCAGCGCGAUAGGAUCUUUGACAUAGCUAAUGUCCCUUUCACUGUUGUCCCCCCGGAUGAAAUGAAGACAUACACCGCAAACAUCGAGAAAGUCGGGUGCUAUUCAGGUUUUAAAGGUCGUCAAUUCUGGAAAAUCGAUACGGAGAACAAUGUUCUCGAUCAGAUUGAGCAGUACGGAAUUAACAAGGACGUCACAAGGCGUCCACACCCUCAGGCCUUGCGUCCGUUCCUCCCAGAAAUCGACGCCUUCGCCCAACAUAAUCACUUCAAUGUUGUCCAUCCAAUCCUUCGCUUGAUUGCUUUGAGCCUCGAGUUACCCGAGGAGACUCUAGUAGAAAAACACAACUUUAACGGCACGGGAGAAUCAUGUGUCAGAUUUAUGAAAUAUUACAGGCGCCCAAAGGAAGAGGAGGAGAAAUCCAACAAUGUCUGGUUGAAAGGACACACAGGUAUAAUUUAUUUUACUACUUGUCCUUAUAUGCCCCUCAACCAUGCAGACGUUGGCAGCAUUACCGUCCUGUGGAGCCAACCUGUCGGAGGCCUGCAAAUUCAGGCUCCCGACGGCAGAUGGAAAUGGGUCCGCCACAUCGAGAACGCUUUGGUCAUCAACACAGGCGAUGUGAUGGGUUUCUUCAGUGGUGGUUACUAUAAGCCCACGAUCCAUCGCGUCGUCCAGCCUCCUGAGGAUCAGCGCAACUACGACCGUCUGGGUGUAUUCUCCUUCUCGAUGCCAGAUGACAAUGUUCGCUUACUGCCGUGCGUUGAGAGCCCUGUGCUCCACCACUUCGGCAUCCAGCGCCUGUGCCCUGACGAGGACGCCCCAUUGUGCGAGGCGUGGAGGAAGGGAAGGACAACGACGUAUGGUAGGUCCGAUCUCAAGAAAGGAAUAGAGCACAACGUCGAAGAAGAGGUCAUUGAGGGUAUAGUGGUGAAACAUUACAACUAAGGAGUCGCAGACUGCCCAUAUAUGCAUGUCUCUCGAAAUAGGUAGGAUGUACGAUGUUGAACAGUGAAUUUUGAAACCCAAUAACCAUUUGGAAAAAGGCGGCAGUGGUGGUACAGGUACAAACGAUGUUUCUAAAUAUGUCUAGUAGCCAAGUCGCGAAAAAGUGCAACAAACAUUACACUCCACGAGCCUCAAGACGACUGCGGAAGAGCUUCUGGAACUGCGAGGCGUGAUCAAUGUCCAUGAGCGUGUUGUGCUCCCCAGGCACGUCAGUAAAUGUUGCGUCGUUGCGACUGAAACCAAUCCAUGGCUUGAGCUCAUUGAGC